UCUCGCCCAAAACGGUUCAGGCGUAAGAGCCAGUCGCAAGCAAAAACGUGAAAACGACAACAGAGCGCGGUAAAAGUUAAAACGCAAAAUCUUUUUUCACCCUUCGAAUGGUGAAUUGUGCGGGAAUUUUCCGCCCGGAAUAGUGUGAAGUUUAGUUUGUGGAAAUGUCCGCGAUCGGAAUCGACUUGGGAACGACCUACUCCUGUGUGGGAGUGUUCCAGCAUGGCAAAGUGGAAAUCAUCGCCAACGACCAGGGAAAUCGCACCACUCCCAGUUGCGUGGCCUUUUCGGACACGGAGCGGCUGAUUGGUGAUGCGGCCCAGAACCAGGUGGCCCUGAAUCCGAAGAACUCGGUAUUCGAUGCGAAGAGGCUGAUUGGCCGUCGGUUCGACGAUCCGAAGAUUCAGGCCGAUUUGAAGCAUUGGCCGUUCAAGGUCAUUAACGAUCAUGGAAAACCGAAGAUUGAGGUCGAAUUCAAGGGCGAAGUCAAAAAAUUCUCGGCGGAAGAAAUCAGCUCGAUGGUUCUGGUCAAGAUGAAGGAAUGUGCCGAGGCUUAUUUGGGGCGAAACAUGAAAAACGCAGUCAUCACGGUUCCGGCGUAUUUCAACGAUUCCCAGCGUCAGGCCACGAAGGACGCCGGGGUCAUUGCGGGACUCAAUGUGAUGCGAAUCAUCAACGAACCGACGGCAGCUGCAUUGGCUUACGGUCUGGACAAGAACCUCAAAGGUGAACGAAAUGUUCUGAUCUUCGAUCUGGGUGGUGGCACAUUUGACGUCUCCAUCCUGAGCAUCGACCAGGGUUCGUUGUUUGAGGUCAAAGCCACAGCUGGCGAUACUCACCUGGGAGGAGAGGAUUUCGACAAUCGCAUGUUGGCCCAUUUCGUGGAAGAAUUCAAGCGCAAGUACAAGAAGGACAUCACUCCGAAUGCGCGCGCUUUGAGGCGUCUGAGAACGGCAUGUGAGCGAGCCAAGCGCACAUUGUCGUCCAGCACUGAGGCCACAAUCGAGAUCGACGCCCUGGCGGAUGGAAUCGACUUUUACACGAAGAUUUCCAGGGCUCGCUUUGAGGAACUUUGCGCCGAUCUGUUCCGCUCCACUCUUCAACCAGUUGAGAGAGCUCUGACCGAUGCCAAAAUGGACAAAGCUUCAAUACACGACAUUGUUCUCGUCGGCGGAUCAACCCGUAUCCCGAAGGUUCAAUCCCUUCUCCAGAACUUCUUCUCAGGAAAGUCGCUGAACUUGUCAAUCAACCCGGAUGAGGCCGUCGCCUACGGAGCGGCUAUCCAAGCGGCCAUCCUCAGCGGCGACAAAGAUGAAAAGAUCCAGGAUGUACUGCUCGUUGACGUGGCCCCACUCUCGCUGGGAAUCGAAACAGCCGGAGGAGUCAUGUCCAAGCUGGUCGAACGCAACAGCAGAAUUCCGUGCAAGCAGACUCAAAUCUUCACGACCUACUCGGACAACCAGCCCGGAGUGUCCAUCCAGGUGUUCGAAGGUGAACGCGCCAUGACCAAGGACAACAACCGCCUCGGCCAGUUCGACCUCUCGGGAAUCCCGCCAGCCCCAAGAGGCGUUCCCCAGAUCGAAGUCACAUUCGAUCUGGACGCCAACGGCAUUCUCAACGUCACCGCCAAGGACAAAAGCAGCGGAAACGAGAAGAACAUCACCAUCAAGAACGACAAGGGUCGCCUCAGCCAGGGUGAAAUCGAUCAGAUGGUGGCCGACGCCGAGCGCUACCACGAAGAGGACGAAAAUCUCCGGGAAAGCAUCGCCGCCAGGAACAAACUCGAAAACUACUGCUUCCAGCUGAAACACUCCCUGGAGUCGGCCGAGGGCAAGCUGAGCGAAUCGGACAAGAACACCGUCAAGGAACGCUGCGACGAAACGCUCCAAUGGAUGGACGCCAACACGUUGGCCUCCAAGGAGGAACUGGACCACAAGAUGGAGGAAUUGAGCCGCGUUUGCAGUCCGAUCAUGACCAAGUUGCAUCAGGGCGCAGGCGGCCCCGGAGGAGCUGGGGGAAACCGGUUUCCGACAGGUGGCGGACCUGGAGGACGGCAGGGGCCUACCGUCGAGGAGGUCGACUAAAAAUACCAAGGCAUUUAUUCAUAAAUCGGUAUACAUACAUUAGAGUGGCCCAAACGUAACUCAGGAACAAUUU